UUAUGGAGUUGGUAUUUCAUUGCCUUUUUAUUCCUUCUGCUUUUCCGCUCAUGGCACGCACGUCCUAUUUCCCAUGAACAUCACUCUCCAACAACCCUUAAUUCUGUGUCUAUCUCUCAAGGCACGACUGCUCAGAGCCACGUCUUCUCUUUCACUCCCAAAUCCCACAACCAUCUUGAGAAAAGCAGAGAUCUUGAGUUUGAUUUCUGGGUUCCGGGUGAAAUGAGAAACCACCACAGCAGAAACUGUGAUCCUGACCCACCGACUCUGAGGAAGCUCGAAAAGAUGUCGGUAAGUAUCGCCAAAGAUCACCACUACAGCAAUCUCUCUCCUUCGUCAAGGACUCGCAGGAUCGAAGAAGGAAGAAGAGAAAUGAUAAAGAUGAUACGGAACUUGCCCGAGUCGAGUUACGAGCUUUCCCUUAAAGAUAUUGUGGAUAAGCAGCUACCAUUGCAGGAGAAUCAAGAGGAGGAAGAGGAAGAAUUUGAGUUUCCAAGUGCUGAGGAAGAGGAAGAAUUUGAGUUUCCAAGUCCUGAGGAAGAGGAAGAAUUUGAGUUUCCAAGUGCUGAGGCAGAGUCAUACAAAAACCAGAAGAGGAAGAAGAGGAAGAAAGUCCCGAGGACCACUAGUCAUCAGCAUCAUCAGGUGUCAAGAUGUAAUAGCAUGGAAACCGGAUCUUUCCUGAUCAAGAUGUUUUUCCCAUCUUUCAUGGCAUCGAGUAAGAAACCUGCAACAUCAUGGAACAGCAGGUUGAAGAUUUCACCGAGGACAUUGUUCGAAGGGCUCAAUCAGAGGUCUUUGGACACGGUGUCUAGGAUUAACCAAGUCCUGUUGCAGGAGAUCAGGGGAGUUGCAGUCGAGAUAGAACUGAAAGCAGUACCAGCAGGAGCAACAGCUAUAAAAGCAGGAACCAUGACAGCUAUUCUUUCCUGGGUUGCUGGCUUUUCCUUUGGCCAGAACAGAAGGCAAAAUGCGAAGGCAGAGAACAUGUGUUUUCUGAUUUCAUCUGCCGCCUGCACAUGAAGGUUGAAUCAGAGAUUGAUUUUGCCUUCAGAACCUAGAAAUAUAGUGAAACGGCAGAAGGGUGUCCACAGUUGAUUAAGCUGGUUUGAUUAUCUCGGCUCUGAUGAAGAUUUGGCUAAUCAAUCCAAGAAAAAAUCAAGUGCAGAGAUGCAAAUGCAUUUGAUAUUUAUCAGUCUGGGUGUCUUGUUAAGUGCUAGACUUCUCAAGAGACAAUGCUAGUGAAGUUUUAGAUUUCUGUAGAGACUACAAAGGCCAUAGCUUAGCUUGCCUCAUCGUGAUCACGAGUCCGUGAGUUAUCAGCUGCUUAAAAUAUGUAUUUUCAUUACGAAACAAGGCUAAGGAUCAAAUAAACUGAAUGCUAUUGGUAUUUUUU